GCGGGCAUCUUCUGCAAACCUUCUUUGCUCAACUCCCCCCACACCCUACAUCCUCACCUGCACACCGUAGACUAAGCCAGCACGUUGCAGCGCACCAGCAGCAGCAUUCCUCCGUCCAUUUCAUCCACUACAUCCGUUCCUUCCAUCCUUCCAUCUACACGCUCAUCGAUUGUCCCCCGCUUACAGUUAAGGUUUAACCUUAGUCGCUGUCUCUGUAUGCUUCUUAGUUUCUAUUUCGCUCAAGGCUUACGUCAAUUUUGAGCGCAAAUUUAUUCAAUAUCCUUCCCUUUAUUGCCUUGUUCAAUUCCCGCCCAACACCCUGUUGUCGCGACCGCGCUCUCUUCCGCUCAUUCAUCAUCAUCAUCGCCACCACCAUUAUCUGUUCGCUUUGCUGGCUUGCAGAUAGCUGGGAUCCGUUACCAAAUUGUUCGAUUCUGUACCUUUGGCUUAAGCCACACAAACCCUUGUCUGUUUAUUUUCGUUUAUGAAACUACAGUUACGAAUCGACAUCGGAUACCCUUGUUGCUUGACCCAACAAUCUUCGGAUUGUGCAGCCAUUUGCCUUUACGCCCAAAAACCUAACAAAGCCGACCCUAGGUAUAUACGACGUUGACGGAACUGGCGGCUUUAUCCAAGCAGUUGCAGCUUUUAUUUAUCAUUGGAAAAUGGAAGGGGGUGAUUAUAGGAGACCCAUGAGUUUUAGCACACGUCGAACGUCGGACUCGGAUACUGGCGAUAUGGACGGGAGUGGAAUAUCCGGUAUGGGUCCACGUCCGGGUCGCUUGUCUGGAGCAUCAAGGAGACCAGAGGCAAUAACACAUUCACAUCCCCGACCUUUACCUACACCCACACGCCCUAUUGUGUCGCCCUUGCAAAAUCUUCUCCCAUCUGCACCCGCAAGUCCACCAACCCCAGCGCCCUCACCAACGCCGCAAAUCCAUCGUUUACCAACAUGGUCAACUGCAAGUGAGAGUGAAGAUGCUUUUUUAAGAGAUGCUAGACCUCACUUUAGUAGGUUGGAUUCCCAGGAACGGCAAAGAUUUUUAGCCGAAAUUUUGAAUCUUUGCGACUCGCAGCAGCUCAGUUUCGUGCUUAAUUAUGUCUCGCCUCGACUGAAAAAGGAUCCUUUCAAGUCUUUGCCGAAUGAGCUAUGUUUAAGAGUAAUCUCAUUCAUCGAUGACCCGAAAACACUAGCAAGAGCAUCACAAGUAUCCAAACAUUGGCAUGGUCUCCUAAGCGAUGAUCUUACAUGGAAAAAACUUUGUGAGAAGCAUAGUUACAGACGCCUCAGUGGUGUAGCUGGGUAUAGCUUGUCUAACCAAACGCAUCAUCAUGAUUCGUCACUGUUUUCAGCCAAUCCAAUAUCUCCUAAGGAAGCAACUUUUGCGCACGCUCUCCCAACUACCUCCGGAUUCACAUCCGAAAUUUCUCCCCAGAACAUGAGGGCAAAGAGGAGACGACCAAAGGUUACAUCUUACAAAUCCCACUUCAAGCAGAGAUACAUGGUGGAGACCGCGUGGAGGACCGGUGGAAAGGCGAUAGCUAGACAUAUCACACCUGAUCAGGGCGUUGUGACAUCGCUUCAUUUAACACCUGAACACAUCGUCAUUGCCUUAGACAACGCCAAGAUUCAUGUUUUCGAUGCGGAUGGGCAGCUCCUUCGAACCUUGACUGGACACGUGAUGGGCGUUUGGGCAAUGGUCCCUUGGGGCAACACAUUAGUAAGCGGUGGCUGCGACAGGGAUGUCAGAGUAUGGGACAUGGAAAAGGGCGACUGUAAAGCCAUUCUCCGUGGUCAUACCUCAACAGUGAGGUGUUUGAAGAUGAGUGACCCCAAGACCGCGAUAUCCGGAUCUCGUGAUACUACUUUAAGAAUAUGGGAUAUUGAAAAGGGAGUCUGUUUGAAUGUCUUAGUUGGGCAUCAAGCUAGUGUUCGGUGCUUGGAGAUCCACGGUGAUUUGGUUGUUAGUGGAAGCUAUGACACCACAGCAAAGGUUUGGAGCAUAUCGAAGGGUACAUGCCUGCGAACACUUUCUGGUCAUUUCAGUCAAAUAUAUGCUAUAGCUUUCGAUGGUAACCGUAUCGCUACGGGGUCGCUUGAUACCUCUGUCAGAAUUUGGGAUCCUCACACUGGAAAUUUAAUGGCAGUUCUCCAAGGCCACACAUCACUUGUUGGCCAGCUCCAAAUGCGUGGGAAUACUCUCGUAACAGGUGGAUCAGAUGGAUCAGUCCGUGUAUGGAGUUUGGAGAAGUAUGCAUGUGUGCACCGGCUCGCUGCCCAUGAUAAUAGUGUUACAUCUCUUCAAUUCGAUGAGACUCGAAUUGUGAGCGGUGGAUCCGAUGGAAGAGUAAAGGUCUGGGAUCUCAGGACUGGUCAACUCGUGAGGGAGCUUUCGAGCCCCGCAGAUGCCGUAUGGAGAGUUGCGUUCGAAGAGGAGAAAGCCGUUAUUUUAGCUUCUAGAGCUACUAGAACCAUUAUGGAGGUAUUCUCAUUUUCACCUCCCGCGGACUCCCUAGGAGAACUCUAUAGGGCCCCGCGAACUGCAUCGGAAGAGCCAUCUAGAGCCAUAGAGCCAGACCAGGAGGUGGCGAUGGACGAGGAUGGUAUAUCCUGUGAAAUGGAGACAUAAUUCAACAACCCAGAGCGAGAUGCAAGGCGGUUAGACAAGGGUUUUGGCGGGGGGAUAUUUCCUUUGCGUUUGCUCAUCAUCGGUUUCUUUUUUGUUUUCCUCUAUUAAUUUUUAGUUUGGAAAGACGGGUGGGGCGUCAAUUGCUUGUUUGAUUUUUCAUUAUUCUUUGUUCCACUCCCCUUAUCACCAUCCCCACCGGCUGUAUUUUCAACCUUGGCUUUCCGUUUUGUUCUCCCAUUUCUUAUCGCCCAUCUUUUAUUUCCCACCCUUGUUUUCCUCAUUUUUUAAUUUCCUCAGUCUCAUUUUUGGAUGGCGGAGCGAAUGGUAAACUGUCUGAGUUGUUUUACCGGCGGGAUAUCUAUACAUACAAUUUUUUUUUAGUUUCUUUCUCCAUUUUCUUUUGUUAUUCAUGCUUACGAGUUUAUUGCAUGGGUUGUCAAAAAUGGAUGGGAAUAUCUAGCACCCUGGCA